GAGGGGAGGGGUCCUCACCGAUCGAAUCUUCUUGGUGCUGGGGAGCAAUCUUCUUUUUCCUAUUUGGGGAGGGGUGGCAUAUCAUUCUGUGGAAACCUGGGCAGGGUCUGCAAGAUCCUAUCUUCUCGGGAUUUCCUGCAUUCGUCCCAACCGAACGGAUUCCGCUCUAGGGUUUAUUUCCUCUUAUCCGUUGGAGGAUGUCUCUGUCUUCACUUCUUCCGGUCUUCGACCCGUGUCUCGGUCGGACGGUUACCUGUUGAGGUUCAUUCGAUCUGAUUUCUUUGUAAAAUUGUCUUGCUGUUGUUUCUUUUUCUAUCUGGGGUUGUAACUUUCGCACCCAUUUUGGGAAUUGACUCUCUCUUUCUCUCUCUCUCUCUCUCUCUCUGUGUGUGUUGAAGGGUUAUUUGGUGAUUCUCUCCUGUGUUUUGUUUGGUUGGGGGUUUUCCUCUUGGGGGAAAAGAAGGCUCUUGUAUUAUUUUUCUUCUCGUAUUCCCUUUAUUUUAGUUUGUUGCUGCUUUCUGCAUUUUCUUGGGUUAUGGAUGUUGGGGGAGGGUGUGCAUCAGAGUUUUCCUGGUUGUGGUCUCGGAGUUGAUCAGCUCGUGUGCCAUCUCUGGCAAAGGAGUUUUUUAUAGGAAGAUUGGUCUUCGCCUGAAGUGUAUGAGUAUUCUUUUCUUGUCUGCCCUUGUGAAUUGUGACUUGGGAGUCCGGGAAUCUUGUAUCAGAGAUUGCACCUUGAAUGGUAAGAUGGACGGGGAUUCUUCGGAGGAUGAUGGACUGGGAUUCAAUGAGAAAUCGGCUUUAGAUUUGGGCAACGGUGAAGGGGUCAGCUCGAGUGCAAUUGCAGACGAGGUUGUACCUGAUAGAAUGGUAACUGACGUACAUAAUGCCGUCGAUGCAUUCAAUAGUCCCGACGUUCACGUCGAUGGAAUGAAACCUGCAACUAGAUUAGAGAUGACAAAUUUUCAGUAUAGCGGCAGUGAAGGAUCGGAUAGAGUUGCCGAACGCCGGGAUGUUGGGCCAUCUCGGGGUUUCGAGAGGCUUUGUUCUGCUUUUGUGAGUUCUGCCCUUUCGAGAGGGGAGGGGGGACCUGAUUAUGUGAAUGUGCUCAGACAAAUGGAGAAAUCAUUAUUGAGAGCUCCAUCUUCAAUGAUUGAGACAGAAAGGUUUUUUCUUGCACACGCCGACCGCAGUCAGUCUCGUGAGUCGCAUAAAUCUGUAUGUAUCGGGGAGGCCAACAGGGGAUGUGAUACAAUGCAGCACAAGCGAGCAAAGAUUCUUGAACAUUCGCAGGAGUGCAAUUAUUCAGCUAUGACAUCUUCAGGGUCUGGAAUGCCUGCAUCACCAUUAGAUGCAGGUCAAAAUCUUUCACAUUGUAUGUCUGUUUCAACUGAAACUGAAAUGCAUAUGUUCCUGAACUCACCCUUUGACGAGACUAGAAUCCACAUGGGCUGUGGCCGUGCUGGAGGAAAUGAUGACGAAGAUGAAAAUGGUUGCUCCAAAGCAGAGGAGUACGAGGUCAAAAUGGACCUUACUGAUGAUCUGUUGCACAUGGUUUUUUCCUUUCUGGACCACAUUAGUUUAUGCUCUGCUGCUAGAGUAUGUAGGCAGUGGAGAGCAGCUAGUGCCCAUGAAGACUUCUGGAGACGUUUGGACUUCAGAAACCUGAACAUUGCACCAUUACAAUUCGCUGAUAUGUGCAACCGAUACCCCAAUGUGACAGAAGUUGACAUUUUUGGUACUCGUGCUGUGGAGACUCUUGCUCAGAAAGCAUUGAACUCUCUUAGGAGUUUGGAAGUUUUAACUUUAGGUAGAGGACAUUUUGGAGAUGCUUUCUUUCAUGCUCUUAUUGAUUGUCCCUUUUUGAGCAACCUGGACAUCUCAGAGUCCCUUCUUGGAAAUGGUAUUCAAGAAAUCCCUGUUUGCCAUGACAGGUUGCACCAUCUUAGCAUGACAAAAUGUCGUGUAUCCCGGCUUUCAAUAAGGUGUCCUCAACUAGAAACUUUGUCUUUGAAGCGUACCAAUAUGACACAUGCCAUACUCAGUUGUCCACAAUUAAAAGAAUUAAACAUAGCCUUCUGCAACAAACUUUCAGAUGCUGGGAUACGAUCAAUAGCGACAUCUUGCACUAUGUUGACAUCCUUGGAUAUUUCAAAUUGUUCUCCUGUUACUGAUGAAACAUUGCGAGAAAUUGCGCUUGCAUGCCCAAAUCUUCAUGUUCUUGAUGCCUCCUAUUGUCCCAAUAUCUCCUUGGAGUCUGUUAGGCUGCCAUUGCUUACGGAUCUGAAUCUGCGUAACUGUGAGGGUAUUAACUCUGGUUCCAUGACAUCUUUAUCAUACUGCUAUAUGCUAGAGGAGUUGCAACUAGACUUCUGCUGGAUUCUGACUUCGGUCAGUCUUGACUUGCCACGUCUGCGUAGCAUCAGUCUUGUCCACUGCCGCAGGUUUGUUGAUUUGAACUUGCGAUGUCCAUCACUUUCAUCUAUCACUAUAUGUAAUUGUCCUGUGCUUAAUCGGAUCACUAUCACCUCAAAUGCUCUUCAGAAACUAGUCUUGCAAAAGCAGGAGAGUUUGGCCUCAGUUCAUUUACAAUGUCAAGUAUUGCAAGAAGUGGACCUUAGUGAGUGUGAAUCCCUUAAAAAUUCUAUUUGUGAUGUUUUUUCCGAUGGUGGAGGAUGUCCCAUGCUCAAAUCAUUGGUUCUUGAUAGCUGUGAGAGCUUGACAAAGGUGGGAUUGAGGAGCACUUCACUAAUUAGUCUUUCACUGGUUGGUUGCCGUGGCAUGAAAAGCCUUGAACUUUGUUGUCCGAACCUUCAGCAUGUUUUUCUGGAUGGUUGUGAUCAUCUUGAAGAUGCAUCAUUUUGCCCAGUGGGGCUUACAUCACUUAAUCUUGGGAUAUGUCCCAAGUUGGUAAAACUUCAGCUUGAAGCACCUCAAAUGACAAUAUUGGAACUGAAAGGUUGUGGUGUGUUGUCUCAAGCAGCAAUAAAUUGUCCAAACUUGAUAUCCCUUGAUGCAUCUUUCUGCAGCCAACUUCAGGAUGAUUGCCUCUCAGCUACAACUGCUUCCUGUCCAUAUGUUGAAUCUCUCAUUUUGAUGUCUUGUCCUUCUGUUGGUGCUGAUGGGUUAUCAUCAUUGUGCCGGCUUCCAAAUUUGACUCUGCUGGACUUGUCAUACACCUUUUUAACAAACUUGCAGCCCGUUUUUGACAGUUGUACUCAACUCGAGGUGCUGAAGUUGCAAGCCUGCAAGUAUCUUGUUAAUUCUUCCUUGGAUGCUCUUCAUAAGAGAGGCGCUCUUCCGGCCCUUCGCGAGCUUGAUUUGUCUUACGGGAGUAUCUGCCAGUCUGCCAUUGAAGAGCUUCUUUCCUCUUGCACCAAUCUCACGCAUGUGAGCUUAAAUGGAUGUGCUAACAUGCAUGACCUUGAUUGGAGCUCUGGUGUUGACCAAUGUUUCCAGCUUAAGAGUGCUGAUGAAUCACUUCAUUUGCCAAAUGCUUUGGGAAAUGACAUCGAGACUAGUGAGGAGCAUGUUCAGACUAGUGAAGAGCAUGUUCGUUUGCUUCAAAACCUCAAUUGUGUUGGUUGCCCAAACAUAAAAAAAGUUGUUAUUCCUUCAUCUGCUUGCUGUGUGCAUUUGUCAUCAUUGAACCUAUCCUUGUCAGCUAAUCUGAAGGAAGUGAACUUAUCAUGUUGCAAUCUGUCUUUCUUGAAUUUGAGCAAUUGCUGCUCAUUGGAGAUUUUGGUGCUCGACUGCCCUAGGUUGACAAGUCUCUUACUUCAGUCGUGUGGCAUUGAGGAGAAAGUUUUGGAAGAUGCCAUAUCACACUGCAAUAUGCUAGAAACACUGGACAUACGGUUUUGUCCGAAGAUAACUGGAGUGGGAAAUAUUCGAUUGGUUUGCCCUAGUCUGAAGCGCCUUUUCAGCAGCUUGUGGCCAUGAUUUCUCCACUCUUGCAUACUGAUAUAAUUUGGUUUUUUAGUCCAUUAUGAGUUUCUCGGCCGAGUCCAGUGUUCUCUGGCCAAUUUAACUUCCAGUGUCCUUGUACAUAUGAUCCUUCGACAACGGCAAGCCCUUGUGUCACCUAUAAGCAUCGUGUCGUUGGGAUGGGGUUUUAGGCUUAUACCUGAUGAUGUGGUUCACAUAUGUCUCAAGUAUGUCAUUCGCAAUUUUUCUGUUA